AUGUUUGAGAAUUUGUGCGCACUUCCGGUGGAGCACGAUAUCUUCGUGCAGGCGAUUCAUCCAGAAGAGCCGAUUAUAUCUGUAGGCUUGGCUAGCGGCCAUGUGCAGACAUACAGGCUGCCUUCUGGCGCGAGCGACAGCGACGACGAUGACACGACAUUGGCCUCGGAGAAAGGCUUCGGUACCAUAGACAGUGUCUGGCGCACACGGCGACACAAGGGAAGCUGCCGGACACUCGGAUACAGCGUCGAUGGCACAAGUUUGUACUCGGCAGGCACAGAUGGCAUCGUCAAGGUCGCAGACUGCAUGACCGGCCACGUUACUGCGAAGAUUGCUGUACCGCUGGAUCCCGCCAAUGGCGGUGUCGAUGCGCCGACGCUCGUCUACGCUCUCUCGCCGCAAUCCCUCAUCCUCACUACUGACUCCGGCGCGCUGCACAUCUACGACAUUAGGAAUCUCAAGGGUGGCGACAAGGUGUCCUUGAGGCCUGAGAACACGCAUCACCCGCACGACGACUACGUUUCCUCCCUCACACCUCUACCACCCACGCAAGCGAGUACUAGUGGCUUCAGCAAGCAAUGGGUCACAACAGGUGGCAGCACACUGGCCGUCACCGAUCUGCGGAGGGGUGUCAUGGUCCGUAGCGAGGAUCAAGAGGAGGAGCUGCUCUGUUCCACCAUUGUCACCGGACUGCCAAAGAAGGGCUCAAGUGUGGGUGAAAAGGUCAUAGUUGGUGCAGGCGAUGGUGUACUCACACUCUGGGAGCGCGGAGUCUGGGACGACCAAGACGAGCGUAUCAUCGUCGAUCGCUCCAAGGGGGGCGGUGAGAGUCUAGACUCCAUCACAGUCGUACCAGACGGUGUUGGACCUGGUGGGAAGCACAUUGCAGUAGGCUUGGGCAACGGAGAUAUUCGCUUUGCUAAGCUCGGCCCAAAUAAGAUUGUCGCAGAGCUCAAGCACGACGAGUUGUCCAAGGAGAGCGUCAUCGGCCUUGGUUUCGACGUCACUGGUCGAAUGAUAAGCAGCGGUGGAAAGACCGUCAAAGUAUGGGGCGAACAAACUUGGCAGGAUGUCGACGAUGAUGAGGAGGAGCCUGCCAAUGGCAAGCGGGAUCACGAGAGCGAUGAAAGUGGCGAUAGCGACGAGGAUAUGGACGAAAGUAGCGACGAGGACGAGCCAAAGCAGAAGCGCAAGAAGAGAAAGAAGAACAAAGGCGGACAGGCCAAGGGUCAUGGUAUCACACAAUUCUUGGGGCUUGCGGACUGA